AUGGCGGCGUCAACAUCAACACCAUACGAUAUACUUGGAGUAAAAAACACUGAUACAGAUUAUCAAUUACGUGUAGCAUAUCGUACGAUAAUUCAUGAAUACAAAAAAGAUCGACUUAAAACCCCUGAAAAUCGUAAAAUUAAACCUGAAAACUUUCGACUUAUUUGUCGAGCUUAUGAAACCUUAUCUGAUCAUGAUAAACGUAAAAAAUAUCACCUUGAUGGAAAAUGGAUACAAGAUGUACCUUUAGAAAAAUAUACAUUACAACAACUAGCUGCUGAACCUGAACUUGCAAGCGAAUUAAAAAUUCGUUUACAAAAUGCAACAUUACGAGACAUAAAUUCACAAGAUCCACAAACAGGGCACACCGCACUCUAUUGUGCAGCACGUGCUUGUAACGUUGAAGCUGUUUAUUAUUUAACAGAACAAGGAGCUGAACCAGACCUACCGCAGAGAACAAGAAGUACAGCUCUACAUGUAGCUGCUUUUUACGCACAUCCAGAAGUAGUUCGUUGUUUAUUAGAAAGUGGAGCUGAUUAUCGGAAAAAGAAUGGUAGUAAUAGUACAGCCGAAGAUGAAUCUAAGAUUGCUGAUAUAAAACAAAUGUUUACUGAAUUGAAAAACAUACCUUUUAUACAAGCAGCUGCAGAUCAACUUGAUUGGUUUAAAAAUAAUAUUAGUCAUAUUGCACAGCAUAUUGAUGAAGAAUAUUAUGUGCAACGACAAACAUUACUUCAUUGUGCUAGUAAAAAAGGUUAUAUAGAUCUUGUUCAUUGGUUAGUCGAAGAACGCAAAGCCAAUUUAGAUAUAAUUGAUAUUAAUUUAAAUUCACCUUUACAUCUUGCUGCUCAUGGUGGACAUAACUUAUUUGUUGAAUGUCCC